AUGUCCCAUAAAAACUUUCUUGAAAAAAAGUGCUUUGCUAAGGUCAAUGAAUGCCAUAUACAAGGGUUGAAACUGCUCACAUAUGUAAAGAUCAUAUCUAUUAUUUCACGGGAUGAUCUGAAAUUGGUUUCUGGAAGGAUCCUCUCAGCUAGUGGCCUGAGACUGUUAUUCAGGACAUUUUUCCAGUACAGAGAUUCCACGAGCGCCCACUCUAUUCUUUUUCUCCCACCCGCCAUUUCUCGCUUUGGCGAUAUCUCUAUAUUCUUUUUUUCUCUCCCCACUUUUCACUUUUUCACGUUCUCCCUGUUCUCUUUCUCCUCCCACUUCUUGCUUUUGCGCACUUCGUCCUUUUUCUUCCCCAUUUCUCUCUUUUGCACGUUCUCUCUCUCUUUUUUUUUCUCCCCACUUUUUCUCGUUCUCCUUUCUCUUUCUCCUCCCACUUUCUUUUGUUCUCCUUUUUCCUCCCCAUUUCUUCUUGCUUUUUUUUCUCUCCCCUUCUCCUUUUUCUUCCCCAUUUCUCUCCCACUUUUUGCACGUUCUCUCCUUUUUUUUUCUCUCCCCACUUCUCUCUUUUUUUUUUCUCACCCACUUCCCUUUUCUUCUCCUUUCUCCUCCCACUUCUUGCUUUUGCACACUCCGUCCUUUUUCUUCCCCCAUUUCUCUCUUUUUUCCUUUCUUCUUUUUCUCCCCAUUUCUCUCUUUUUCACGUUCUCCUGUUCUCUUUCUCUCCCACUUCUUGCUUUUUUUUUUUUUCUCCCCGUUCUCUCUUUUUUUUUCUCCCCCACUUCUCGCUUUUGUGCGUUCUAUCUCUUCUUGAUCUUCCUCUACAUCUCGCUUUGCGCACUUCUUUUUUUCUCUUUCCGAAUUACUUCUCCCUUGUUCACGCGCUUUAUCGCUCUCUCUCUCUCUCUCUCUCUCUAUCUAUCUAUCUAUCUAUCUAUAUAUAUAUAUAUAUAUAUAUAUCUUACUGCGUUAACCUUUCCGUUCUCUCUUUCUUUGAAUAUUGCUGUCUCUCACUCGUUCUCUUUCGCUAAUUUCUCCUCUCAUUCCUCUCUUUCGCUAUCGAAAUAUCUACUUCCCCUUUCACUCUCAUAUUCCACUUUCUCUCUCGCCAAUAUUUCUUUCUUCCUAUCGCAAUGUUAUUUCUUUAUCUCCGCUGUCGUUACCUAA